ACCGCCAAAAGCAGCCAGGCCAGCCCAACUUCCCUUCCUCUCCGUGCUCCUCCGCUCGUACACUCCCUCACCACUCACCGCCACCGCCACCGCCACGGCAAUGCCGCCGCCGAUGGGAAUGCGGGCGCUUCUGCUGCUCCUGCUCCUUGCCUUCGCCGCCGGCACGUCCAGUGCCGCCCCUAGCGGAGCAAGCCCGAUCAAGAACGUGGUGGUGCUGGCGCUGGAGAACCGGUCCUUCGACCACAUGCUGGGCUGGAUGCGCCGCCUGCUCGGCCUCCCCAUCGACGGCCUCACCGGCGCCGAGUGCAACGCCGACCCCACCAACUCCUCCCUCCCGCCCGUCUGCGUCUCCUCCGACGCCUCCCUCGUCGUCCCCGACGACCCCGGCCACUCCUUCGAGGACGUGCUCGACCAGGUCUUCGGGUUCCGCCCCAACUCCACCGCCGGCGCCGCCGACCAGCCGGCUCCCCCCACCAUGUCGGGCUUCGUGCGCUCCGCGCUCUCCGUCAACUCCCUGCUCUCCUCCGCCGUCAUGCGGGGCUUCACCCCGUCCCUCCUCCCGGCCUUCUCCGCGCUCGCCGCCGACUUCGCCGUGUUCGACCGCUGGUUCUCCUCCCUCCCGGGCCCCACGCAGCCCAACCGCCUCUUCCUCUACUCCGCCACCUCCCACGGCGCCGUCGCCCACGACAAGUGGAACCUCCUCCGCGGCUACCCGCAGCGCACCAUCUUCGACUCCCUCGCCGCCGAUGGCCGCCGCUUCAACGUCUACUUCAAGACCAUCCCCACCACCCUCUUCUACCGCAACCUUCGCACCGUGCGCGCCGCCGCCCAGAGCUUCCACUUCUACGACUCCGCAUUCAGGGACCACGCCCGGAGGGGGCGGCUGCCAGCGCUGUCCGUCAUCGAGCCCAGGUACUUCGACCUCACCGGCACGCCCGCCGACGACGACCACCCGGCACACGACGUCGCCAACGGGCAGAGGCUCGUCAAGGACGUCUACGAUACGCUGCGGGCCAGCCCGCAGUGGAACGACACCCUGCUCAUCGUCACCUACGACGAGCACGGCGGCUUCUACGACCACGUCGCCACUCCCGUCGCCGGCGUGCCCAGCCCCGACGGCCUCAGGGGCCCCGUGCCAUUCUUCUUCAAGUUCGACCGGCUCGGGGUCAGGGUGCCCACAAUGAUGGUAUCGCCGUGGAUCAAGAAGGGGACGGUGGUGGGGCGGCCGCCGAACGGGCCGACGGCGACAUCCGAGUACGAGCACUCCUCCAUCCCGGCGACCAUCAAGAAGAUCUUCAACCUCAGAUCUGAUUUCCUCACCAAGAGAGACGAAUGGGCAGGCACAUUUGAGCACAUCUUCACCCAACUCGACCAACCAAGGACAGAUUGCCCAGAGACUUUGCCAGAAGUGCCAUUUGAGAGAGCAACACCAGCGAAAGAGCACGGAAUUCUCUCGGAUUUCCAGCGUGAGCUCAUCGAAUUAGCAAGCUUCUUGAACGGCGACUACAUGUUGACAAGUUCCGCUCAGGAGACGCAGAAAAAGAUGACCGUGAAGCAGGCCGACGCAUACGUGAGACGAGCCAUCGAAGGUUUUCUGCAGGCAAGCAAGCAGGCCAGGCGAUUAGGCGCAAAUGAGUCUGCAAUUGUUACCAUGAGGUCAUCUUUGACAAGUAAGAGUACCACCUCAAGUCCUUAACUAGAUAAGUGUACUUUGCAGGCUAGCAUCUACAAUAUUGUGAAAUAUUAGUAUAUAUGAAAUGCCAUGUAACAUGAUCAUAUUCAUAACUGAAUAGGGGGCUCCAAGAGCCUUCGUAAUAUACCUCUGUUUGCCAAUGUAAUACUCAUUUGUACCUUGAAAUGUAGAGUGCGCAUCCGUGGAUCAUUUCCUUGAAUUUUGUUAUAGAGGAACAUAUUAUAUAUAACAAAAGUUUACUGA